AUGGCCGUGGUUCUGAACGAGACGGAGAAGAAGAAGGCGAAGGAGGCCUUCCUCGGCAUCGGCGUGUGCGAGGAGCUCGCCGAGGCGGCGGCGGACCUCGGGUGGAAGGCGCCGUCCGAGAUUCAGGCGCAGUCCAUCCCGCAGGCCCUGCAGGGCAAGGACGUCAUCGGUCUUGCUCAGACGGGCAGCGGCAAGACCGGCGCGUUCGCUCUGCCCAUCCUGCAGGAGCUCCUGGACAAGCCCCAGGCGUUCUUCGCGCUCGUGCUCUCCCCGACGCGCGAGCUCGCCAUCCAAAUCGCCGAGCAGUUCGAGGCGCUGGGCGCCGGCAUCGGCGUCAAGACCGCGGUGCUCGUGGGCGGCAUCGACAUGAUGGCGCAGUCCAUCCAGCUGGGUAAGCGGCCGCACGUCGUCGUCGGCACCCCCGGCCGCGUCGUGGACCACCUCACCAACACCAAGGGGUUCACCCUGAAGCAGCUGCAGGUGCUGUGCCUGGAUGAGGCGGACCGGCUGCUCAACCUGGACUUUGAGCAGGAGAUCGACCAGAUCCUCAAGGUCGUCCCGCGGGACAGGCGCACGCAGCUGUUCUCCGCGACGAUGACGAGCAAGGUGGCCAAGCUUCAGCGCGCGUGCCUCCGUAACCCGGUCAAGGUUGAGGUUAGCGCCAAGUACAGCACCGUGGACUCGCUGAAGCAAAACUACCUUUUCAUCCCGGCCAAGCACAAGGACUGCUACGUCAACUACCUCUUCAACGAGCUCAGCUCGUCCACGAUGAUGGUGUUCACCAGGACAUGCGACCAGACCAGAAAGCUCGCGCUGGUGGCGAGGAACCUCGGCUUCGGCGCCAUACCCAUCCACGGCCAGAUGAGCCAACCCAAGCGCAUCGGCGCGCUGAACAAGUUCAAAGCCGGCGAGCGCAACAUCCUCGUCGCCACCGACGUCGCCUCGCGCGGUCUCGACAUCCCCGCCGUCGACGUCGUCAUCAACUACGACGUCCCACAGAACAGCAAGGACUACGUGCACAGGGUGGGACGCACGGCGCGCGCCGGCAGGAGCGGCCUCGCCAUCACCAUGGUGACCCAAUACGACGUCGAGCUGUAUCAGAAGAUUGAGCGCCUGAUCCAGAAGAAGCUUGACGCGUACGACGCCCCGGAGGAGGCGGUGCUGCUGAUGAACGAGCGGGUGAACGAGGCGCAGAGGAUCGCGCAGCAGCAGAUGAGGGAAGCCGACGCGAAGGGGGGCGGGAAGAAGCGAAACAGGGACGGAGACGGGGAGGAGGACAGCCAGUUGUUGACAAUCAUGGGCAAGGGCGGCCGCGGCGGGAAGAAGGGUGGCAGAGGAGGAGGACGACGCUGA